AUUACAUUUCUUCAGAAAAAGGGAAGAAUCUUCUUUCUUUUUAGUUUUCGUUUUUUUGUUUUUACAUUAUCAGAUACAACACAUAGGGGAUAUUCCUAGUCUAAUCCUAACCACAUACUCCCUUUCACUUAUCACAACCAGUCAUUUUCACCUUUUCUUGAAUUUACCUUUUUUUUUUGCCAUUUAAUUUCCUGGUGGAAGGAUCUUCACGAGAAAAAAAGAAAUCAUAAUAAUGUUGUCCACGAGUUCUAUGUACGGCGCUUCUAAUAUUGGAUCAGGUAAUUCAAGGAAUUCGCCACCUCCUAUUGGGUUACAACAACAGCACAAGCAACCACAAAAUACACCAUUAAAACAACACAAUUCUGUAUCGUCUAGUUUAACUACUUCGUCGGCAUCAUCAUCCACUUCGGACUUUGGCGACUUGCACGGCGAUUUGUUGGCUGAUUUAUGGCAUUCGUCAACCAAUGAAUCUAUGACUUCUAAUGGCGCCAUUAAUGUCAAGCAACCAGCUGCACAAUACCCAUCAGCAAUAGUUCCAUCGGUGUCUCAACAACCACAGCAACAACAAUUUUUUCCACAACAACAACAACAACAGCCACGUUUGUUCAAUCCUAACCCAGUUUACACCACACAACAAGUGAACUGGAAUACUUCAAAUGUUUCUAUUUCACCUCCUAUUUUGUCUAGCAUUUCGCAACAACAAAUUUCUACUGUUGCCCAACCAAACAGUUCGAGUUCACCACUGUUGACUGUGGAUCCAUUUAUUGAUUCCUUGCACGGUUAUGAGUCUAGUUUGUUGCCUCGCUUAACUGAGGAAAAUUUGAUGAUGCAAACCAAGAGUGACCUGUUUACAACUACUCAUAACCCUAAUGUUCAAUUCAACAUUGCGAAUGAUUCAGAGGAUUUGUUUAAUUUUGAACAUCACCAACAACAACAACAACAAUCGAGAUUUGUUCGUUCCACCCCUAUGUUGAAUGGAAAUGUCCGCCAACAACCAUUUGUUGGUCAUUCCCAUAAUUCUCAACACAAGGAAUCGAGUGAUGUUCAUGCUCACAUGAAGACUAAUGUAUCAUCAGCUACAGUUAACACCCAGUUAUACAAGACUGAAUUGUGUGCAUCGUUUAUGAAGAUGGGGAUAUGCCCUUAUGGAAACAAAUGUCAAUUUGCCCAUGGAGAAAAUGAACUUAAAGUUGUUGAAAGACCACCAAAAUGGAGAUCUAAACCUUGUGUUAACUGGGCAAAGUAUGGAAGUUGUCGUUAUGGUAAUAGAUGUUGCUUUAAACAUGGUGACUAGAAAAAAAAAAGGUUUGCUGCUCAAAAAAAAGGAACGGUUUUUAUAAUUUGUAUUGCUUUAUUUAUUUGGGAACACAUGCUUUGAAUGUGUAUAUAUAUACUUUUUUAACACUGUCGGUUGAAACUAGUUUAAAGAGGAACAAGACGUUGAUUUUUUGCUGGUGCCGAGUUUGUUAUUUUGCUUUGAGCUUUUUGUGUUUAUGAUUUGAUGAUUACGUUUUAUUUAUUGACUAAAUUUUGUUUGUAUUGUCAUUAUUUAUGUACUGUCUAAUAUUUAUUUAUUUACUAUCGG